UCAAUUCUGUUUCGAGAACCCUUUGAGGUAAUUUAAGCUUUUCUUCUUAUACAUUUUCACCAUUGUGAAGUGUCUUCUUUGAUAUUUUGAAUUCUCUGUCUUAUAUUGCAUUUUACUCUGUUAAUUUUUUAACAGAGUUAUAAAGAAUAAAGAAACUUUCAUCUUUUUGUUUUUUACUUUUACUUGACAUUUUACUCUGUUUCAGCAGAACCAGAUCGGAGAUGGAAAACGACGAUAUCACCGUGGCGGAGAUGAAGCCAAAGAAGCGUGCUGGACGGAGGAUUUUCAAGGAGACACGUCACCCAAUCUACAGAGGCGUGCGGCGUAGGGACGGCGACAAAUGGGUAUGCGAAGUCCGUGAACCGAUUCAUCAGCGUCGAGUCUGGCUCGGAACUUAUCCGACGGCAGAUAUGGCCGCACGUGCUCACGACGUGGCGGUUCUUGCUCUGCGCGGGAGAUCCGCGUGUUUGAAUUUCUCCGAUUCUGCUUGGAGGUUGCCGGUGCCGGCAUCCACUGAUCCGGACACGAUCAGGCGCACGGCGGCCGAAGCAGCGGAGAUGUUCAGGCCGCCGGAGUUUAGUACAGGAAUUACGGUUUUACCCUCAGCCAGUGAGUUUGACACGUCGGAUGAAGGAGUCGCUGGAAUGAUGAUGAGGCUCGCGGAGGAGCCGUUGAUGUCGCCGCCAAGAUCGUACAUUGAUAUGAAUACGAGUGUGUACGUGGACGAAGAAAUGUGUUACGAAGAUUUGUCACUUUGGAGUUACUAAAAUACGUAUGUGUUAAAAAACCAAAGAUCGUAUGUGUAUGUAUGCAUAAUAAAUGGGCUUAAUGAUGGGCAUAGAUAUGAUAGGUCCAGCCUAUAUGUUAAAUGUGUUUUAUUUUUUGGUUUAUCUAGUUUCCUAGGUAUUUACCAAAUUGUAUUAGUAUAAGUUUUAUUAAGAAAUAAUCAAAAAUGUUGUUGCCAUUUGAGACAAUC